UUUUCCCUGGUGGGUUCUCACUGCCGUCCCACGGCCGGGCGAUGAGGCUGACUGAGAACCGCGUCCCCAGCUGAUGAUUGAAGCUACCGUAUUAAGCUGCCCACACUGAGCGACCUAACAUGAAUUUAACAUUUUUGACUCUGACAGCCGCACUUUUGGCUGCGAAUAGCGGCGUCUGUAAUCCCGGCAGCGUCCCUUCAUUCAUCCUGCCAUUCACUGAGUGCGUCCAGAGCCGCGGGAGAGACGGCUUCUACCGGGGAGCGAUAGACGUCACCGAGUCCGGCACCCGGUGCAUGAACUGGACCGAAGUGGCCGGCUUCAAGGAGCGCUACCCCGGAAAAGGACUGGGAGAGCACAAUCACUGCCGCAACCCGGACGGCAGGAUCAGACCCUGGUGCUUUUUCAGGAACCACAGAGGCAGAGUGGACUGGGGAUACUGCGACUGUAAACAAGGCUCUGUGCGUCUGCAAGGGGGCCGCUCCAAGCUAGAUGGCAGGGUGGAAGUCUAUCUGGGAGGAGUGUGGGGGUCCAUCUGUAGCGAUGACUGGGGAGACGAGGACGCUGCAGUGGUUUGCAGACAGCUGGGCAAGGGGGUCUCGGGUCGAGCACGCACAGUUCCCCUGUUUCGUCCUGGCACGGCCAAGCUCCACUGGCGGGCGGUCCAUUGCCAGGGAGAGGAGCCAGACCUGCUCCAGUGUCUUAAGACUGCCUGGAAUGGAGGGGAGUGUUCUCAGGCUGCAGCCAUCACCUGCACCCAGCAGCAAGUAGCAACGCUCCCUAUACGGCUGGUGGGAGGUCGAUCGCAGACAGAGGGCACAGUUGAGGUCUUCCAUGCGGGGCAGUGGGGUUCCAUAUGUGAUGACCAAUGGGACGACAGUGAUGCAGAGGUGGUGUGUCGACAGCUGGGGCUGAGUGGUGUUGCAAGGGCAUGGGGCCUGGCACAUUUUGGCAAGGGUACAAACCGUGUGUGGCUGGAUGAGGUGCGCUGCACAGGCAAUGAGCUCACCCUGGAGCAGUGUCCAAAAAGUGCUUGGGGGGAACACAACUGUUUGCACUCUGAGGAUGCAGGAGUGUCCUGCAACCCUCUUAGAGAUGGUACUGUUAGGUUGGCAGGGGGUGAAGUCAGCCAUGAAGGACGUUUAGAAGUUUUCUACCGUGGUCAGUGGGGGACAGUGUGUGACGACGGCUGGACAGACUCGAACACUCAGGUGGUGUGCAGACAACUUGGUUACAGAUCAGGUGAGACUCUCCUUUCUGAAGGACUAGACAUCACCCCAGUCCCACGCUUCGGGGUGGGGUCAGGGCCCAUUCUUUUGGAUGAUGUGAGCUGCACAGGGAAAGAACCAAGUUUGCUGCUGUGCAACAGGAGGGAGUGGCUCCGUCACGACUGCACACACCACGAAGAUGUUAACAUCGCAUGCAGCCCUGAACACAAUGGAGAGAGUUUUCCAUCUAGUGUGCCAGUACGGCUUGUGGGAGGAGAGAGCCCGAGGGAAGGCCGGGUGGAGCUCUAUCUGUCCGGACAAUGGGGGACGGUCUGUGAUGACGGAUGGACCGAUCGUGACGCUGAAGUCGUGUGCCGACAGUUGGGAUACAGUGGGGUGGCAAAGGCCCGAGUGAUGGCGUACUUCGGGGAGGGGACAGGACCCAUCCACGUGGACAAUGUGAAGUGCAGCGGCGAGGAGCGUUCGAUAGCAGACUGCAUAAAGCAGGCACCUGGCACCCACAACUGUCGCCAUAGUGAGGAUGCUGGGGUCAUCUGUGACUACGGUGAACUGCAGCCCAGCUACAAAGAAGUCAAAGACCCUGUCAACUCAAUUUGUGGUCUGCGGCUCAAACAGACUCGCCAACGCCGAAUCAUAGGAGGAGAAAACUCUCUGAGGGGUGGCUGGCCGUGGCAGGCUGCGAUUCGUCUGCGAGGAUCUCGAGGAGACGGGAGGCUGGUGUGCGGAGCGACUCUCAUCGACACCUGCUGGGUCCUCACUUCGGCACACUGCUUCAAGAGAUAUGGAAACAGCACCAAGCAGUAUAAAGUCAGAGUGGGAGACUACCACUCCCUCGUCCCUGAGGAAUACGAAGAGGAGUACGCCGUUGAUCAGAUUGUCCUCCACCCAAGCUACCACUCCCACAGCAACGAUUACGACCUGGCUUUGGUUCGUCUGUCACCUGGGGCUGUGGGCCAGAUGCCGGGAGAGUGCGUGUCCUUCAGUCGUCAUGUUCUUCCCGCCUGUUUGCCCAUGAAGAAAGAGAGGGUGCUGAAACAAGCCAGCAACUGUCACAUCACCGGCUGGGGUGACACAGGCCGCUCGUACUCCAAGACCCUACAGCAGGCGCCCCUCUCCUUGCUUCCCCGUCGUCACUGCCAGCAGCAUUUCCACGGCGCCUUCACGAGCCGCAUGCUGUGUGCCGGCAGCGUCCAGCCGGAGAGGCGUGUGGACAGUUGCCGUGGGGACAGUGGGGGCCCUUUGGUGUGUGAGCGUCCAGGAGGGGGUUGGGUGGUUUACGGGGUCACAUCCUGGGGCCAUGCCUGCCGGACACAACAGUCCCCUGGCGUCUACACCAAAGUAUCUGCCUUCAGUUCCUGGAUACGCAAGGUGAUUGGACGUGAGGAGAGAAAAGAGAAAAAACGAUGAAAGGUGACUGACGAACUGAAAUAAUUGACCUCUACAUCACAGAAAUUGACUCUCAAAGACUUACUUGACUGGUCAGGCGAUGCUAUGACCUGAUUAUCCAGUGAUGUAAGUUAUAACUUGACUUUCAUACAGAGAGGACAAAAAAAAAAAACUCUGGACUAUUUCUCCUAGAAACUUUAUAUAUAUAUAUAUAAAUAUAUAUAUUGGAUGACAUGUCUUUGCUCUCAUUUAGGUCAUUAGCACUUAUUGAUUUAAUAUUCUCACGAGUAACAAGAUUUUGGAUGGCGUUAAAUCUCAACUCAAGCAAAUAGCAUAACUUAACAAUCUUUUUGUUGUCUCUUGUGACAUUUCACAGUUGUCUUUUUUGGCUUGCUUUUGUUACAUUGUAAUUUAUGAUAUGAAAUGUGUUAUUAAACAUGUUGAAAAGGGACCACAGUGUAAAAGCAAACAACCAAUGUACAUGCAUGCACUCAUGCAUACACCGAAAAUGACGGCUUGACAUAAAUUGACCACCAAAAUUCCUUCCUUAGGCACCUAAUGCAUGAUAUUCAGUGCUCUGUGUUAAGAAGUCUAGUCAUAUUGACACUUGCCUAAGUGAAAUAUGUCUUUCAUUCUCAUUUCAUUCUUGCUGGAGUAACAUUUCUGCAUUGCAUUCUUUGUUUUACUGAAUAAAAAGCACAUAUCAGGUCUUAGUAACCACUCAGGCUUUUCCAGACAGUAUUUGUCCUUGUCUCAGUGAUACUUCACAUUAGUGGAGAAAGGAAGAAUCAAAGCACAGAACUGAUUUGUAAUACUGACGCUGUUAGUUCACGUUAUCAGUGGGAUGGUUUAGUGUUGCAGAGGUCCGGACAACACUGAAGGGAGACAAUCUGCUACACUUGAAAAAACUUUCUUAUUUGGUGUUUACUGACUUUGUUAUGUUUUGAUGUACUGUAACUUUUCCUCAUAAAGGCAGAUUUUAUA